UUCGCAUGAAGCGCAUGAGAUAUUACUUUAUCCUUCUUUAUUCUUCGGUGAACAACAAGGACAAAUGAUGCAUAUCGUGCGCAUUAUUUUGUGCACAAUUCAAAGCAAGCGCAUUCAUAUGCAUUCAUAUAAUCUGGUAGAAAUGGAUGUGAAAAUAUUUUUUGGCGGGUCUUUCUUCUUUACGUGCCACGUAGUCAAAUGGGCUUAACUUAAGCAAACGUGAACGUUGAUCUGCAGCCACAGGAAUCAGGAAACACUCGAGAUCAAAGUAUCAGAUUGCAUACAGCUAAUUUGAGACUUGGCUAUGACCACGACACGAGACUCACAAUCGGAAACGAGAUUGUUCUUGAAAACGACGUCAUUCAAUCAUAAAGUUGUUGCAAUGGCAAAACAUAAACGAUGAGAGAGAGAGAGAGAGAGAGACCGAUUGGUGAAUAUCGGACCUUCGACUCACGAAUUACCACGCUGAUACUUGAAAGAGAAAAGAACGGUGAUUAAUGGAGAGGAAGGACGCAAACGGAAAUGCGGAAGAGGACACCAACGGAGAUACAGAGGAUACGGCGAUUACGAGCGAGCGGGGUACGCCGGAAGAAUUCGAUUCCCUCGAGAAUUCGACUACGUCACUAGAGAUGGAACAGUCGGAGACCGGUCGGAGAACGAGUAUCUUCAAAUUUUACUCCUAUAAGAACACAGAUGCAAUGACAAAUACGGUGAAAAAAACAGGCCCCCUUGUUGGAGUAGUUGAUGUUGGCACGCGCACUGUUCGCUUUGUGGUAUUUAAUGCGAAGCAUGUUGCGGAGAUUGCAUCUCAUCAAAUCGACAUAGAGCAAAUUAGUCCGCAAGAAGGAUGGGUGGAGCAGGAUCCCAAAGAGAUCCUUUUUGCGAUAAAAACCUGUAUUAAGGACGUAAUUCGCAAAUUAGACAUGUUGGGUAUGAAGAUUGAUGAAAUCGUUACAGUUGGUAUUACCAAUCAGAGAGAAACUACGAUAAUGUGGGAUGCGAUUACUGGCGACCCUCUUUAUAAUGCCAUAGUGUGGUCCGACAUCAGAACUGACGCGAUUGUAGAUCAGAUUAUAGCGAAAUUUCCGGAUCAGAAUAAGAAUCAUUUGAAACCCUUAUGCGGUUUACCUGUAAGCCCGUACUUCUCGGCUUUGAAAAUUCGUUGGUUGAAAGACAACGUGCCGGCCAUAAAGAAAGCAAUUCGUGAGAGGCGAUGCAAAGUGGGAACCAUGGAUACAUGGGUUGUUUGGAAUUUAACGGGAGGCAAAGAUGGUGGACUGUAUAUUACUGAUGUUACGAACGCGUCCAGAACGAUGUUAAUGAAUAUUGAGACGCUUUCGUGGGAUCCUACGUUAUGUAGAUAUUUCGACAUUCCUAUGCAAAUGCUGCCAGAAAUCAGAAGUAGUUCCGAGAUAUAUAGCAAAAUCUUGGUUGGUCCGUUGUCUGGUAUUCCGAUAUCUGGUAUUUUAGGAAAUCAACAAUCUGCUUUAGUUGGACAAAAUUGUUUAAAAAAGGGCCAAGCGAAAAAUACGUAUAGGAGUGGUUGUUUUCUACUGUGUAACACAGGGCAUACCAGAGUAUACUCUUCUCAUGGAUUGGUUACAACCGUUGCAUAUCAGUUAGGUCCGAAGAGCCCACCUGUUUACGCAUUGGAAGGUUCAAUUGCGGUUGCGGGUGCAGCUAUUAAAUGGCUGCGGGAUAAUAUGAAGCUCAUAAAUGAUGUUCAUGAAAGUGAACACUUAGCUCAAAGUGUAUUUAGUACGGGAGACGUCUACUUUGUGCCCGCCUUCACUGGGUUAUAUGCACCUUAUUGGAGAAAAGAUGCAAGGGGAAUAAUUUGUGGACUUACUGCAUUUACCACGAAGCAACACAUAAUUAGGGCGUCCCUCGAAGCAGUAUGCUUUCAAACCAGAGACAUCCUUGAGGCGAUGUACAAAGAUUGUGGAUUUCCGUUAACGAAGUUAAAUACAGACGGAAAAAUGUCGACUAACAAUCUUCUUAUGCAAUUGCAGGCUGAUUUAUGUGGUACACCAGUAUUUAGGUCAACUAUGCCUGACAUCACGGCUUUAGGUAUAGCGAUGGUUGCCGGCCAUGCUGAAGGGAUUGAUGUUUGGGAUCUUGAAGGUGAAGAAGUAGAAACAGUAUCAACCGACACUUUUCUUCCAACUACCACACCGGAAGAAAGAGACGCUAGAUAUAAGAAAUGGAAAAUGGCAGUGGAAAGGAGCCUAGGUUGGGCAACAGGGAAAAUGUCCAAUCAAAUGACAGAUGAAAGGUACCGCAUACUGGCGUCCAUUCCUGCCAGUUGGUUCUUAAUAUCGAGCUUUGUUCUCCUAAGGUUAAGUUAUUACAUAGAAAAACGGUGACAGCAAAUCAACAUUAUCGAUACGCAAGUUUCCGUAGACGGUGAAUAGCCCUAAUUGCAGCUCAUUGCAGAAAAAAACUUGGAAGUGAUUGUUUACUUACACAUACGUCGACACAUAUGACGACGAGUAACGUAUUAUUGUGUAAAUAAUCAGAGAAAUAAUAUUGCUUCUUUAGAUUAGUUCCAUAUAUUUUGAUGCGUUUCAUCAGAGUUACAUUCAUAGUGUGAUUCUCAUCGAAAACAAUUAAGUACGCUAAUGAAUGGUGUUUGGAAUGAAUAACGCAACCAAAUGUUAUUAUUUUGUAUGUGUUUAUUUAUAAUCUCAUUUUAUUUUCUGUGAAAUAACGAUAUUAGAUUUCUUGUAGGGUUGUAGUGGAAUAAUAGAAUUUUUCGUGAAAUUUGUACUUUGAAUUUAAU